AUGUUCAGCUUAGCCACAUUACCCGUCGAAAUGGUCUAUCGAAUUCUCGACCAGCUAUCAAAUUUUGAUCUGUUUUGUUCAAUGCAAAAUGUCUGUCAUCGACUCAAUCAAAUUCUUGAUACCUAUUAUCGAUAUCAGACACUUAACACACUGGAUGUUGGUUACAAUGGUAUUCCACACAAAGGAUCACAACACUUCGCUGAUGCUCUUCGAGUCAACACAACACUUACUACACUGAAUCUUCAUUACAGUAACAUCGGUAAAGAAGGAGCACAACACUUGGCUGAUGCUCUUCGAGUCAAUACAACACUUACAACACUGAACCUUGAGAGUAAUAAUGUAGGUGCAGAAGGAGCACAACACUUGGCUGAUGCUCUUCGAGUCAAUAGAACACUUACAACACUGAACCUUGAGCGCAAUAAUGUAGGUGCAGAAGGAGCACAGCACUUGGCUGAUGCUCUUCGAGUCAAUAGAACACUGACCGCACUGAAUCUUUUGGGCAAUAAUAUCGGUAAAGAAGGAGCUCACCACUUGGCCCAUGCUCUUCGAGUCAACACAACACUGACCGCACUGAAUCUUUUGGGCAAUAAUAUCCCUAAAGAAGGAGCUCAACACUUGGCUGAUGCUCUUCUAGUCAAUACAACACUGACCGCACUGGAUCUUGUGGGCAAUUAUAUCGGUGACGAAGGAGCACAACACUUCGCUGAUGCUCUUCUAGUCAAUACAACACUUACAACACUGAACAUUGGCUUUUGUAAUGUAGGUGGAGAAGGAGCCCAAUACUUGGCGGAUGCUCUUCAAGUGAAUACGGUGUGUAAGGUGAUCUAUUAA